CUACAUUUGAAAUGUUAAGAUGGCGCUUACCAUAUAUCGUCAUGCCGUUGGUCCUAUUUUCAGCUUUUCUCGAAAAUGUCUGUUGAAACUUGAAAAUCAUCAAAGAUGUUUUGGAUUUCGCUAUUUAUAUAGUGUUCAGUUUUUGGGUUUGGAUAAAUACAAAGAACAAAGGGAACGAAUUGCAAAUCAGUUUGGUCCAAUGAAAGAUAAAUUUCGUGCUAGAAUGUUACAAUAUCUUAGCAGUGAGGGAGAUGCUAUGGUAUUUACUGAAGACUUAAAAAAUAUGGUAUAUUUAGCAGAAGAUAAUCCUGAAGAUUUAGAUAUUUGUGUUAGAAUGAUGAAAAGAUUCAAUCAGCAAAAUAAAGAACUUCGUUUUGGAACUUUUGUCUUUGGACCUGUAGCUAUGAGAUUGUUUUAUCAUUUGGGAAAACCAGAUGUUGUAUUAAACUGCCUACAAGAUAAGGAAUUGGAAGGAUUUUUUGAUCAAAUAUCUUCUUAUCAUAUUGCCAUGGAUUUGUUGUUUGUUAAUAAACGUUAUCAAGAUGUUUUGGAUGUUUAUGAUGUAUUGAGAAAUAAACAAUUGUAUGGUACAAGAUAUCCUCGUGACUGUGUUGUUUUAGCAUUAGCUUCAUGCUAUAAAUUGGUGAGUUUAAAUAUAUACAUUUAAAUAAAGUUUAAAAUAUUGAUCAUAAAUACAUAAUCUAAUUAUUAAUUUGUUAUUUUUGAAUUAAUUUUGACAUAUUUAAAUUUACAGUUUAUACCUAAUGACCCAAAAAUUGCAAUGGAGAUAUUAGCAUUAACUCCAACAUUAAAUUUUGUGACUGUUAAAAACUUAAGACUUAUUGCCUUAUCAGAAUUAGGUCGUCUUGAGGAUGUAUUCGCUACAUUACGAUCAGUUGUUGAUCAAGACAUUCCAAUGCAAAUGAAGACAGAAGGAGCUAUUACACAGGAUACGAGAGCACUAAAAGGCCAUAAAUGAAUCAUGUUUCUAACACAGAGACACUUUUAGGUCUAUCCAGCCUUUAGGAGUUAUCUUCUAAACAUAUAUCUAUAGUACAUUAAUUUUCAUAUUGAGUCAAAGUGAGUCAUUUUGUUUUUGGAAAGAAAUCUUAAAACUCAAAUAAGUCAAAAGAAAUUUUUUAAAACUGUAUAAGUGAAAUGUAAAUCAUCACUAAUGUUUCCAAAGCCUUUAACUUCAUCUUCGGAUGUAAUAAUCUCUUAUAACUGGGAAUAAUGACUCCCUAAUAAUCAUACAGUUAUAACAGGAAACAGGCUCAAAAUGUAGAAGUCCCUACUUUUCAUUAUCAGAAAUUUUUAAAAAUCAUUCCAAUAGAAAAUCAGCUAAUUUUAAAA